UCUCGAGCUGGCCCUGCACCAGCCGGGCAGCAGUGACGCCGGCGGCCAGCAGGGGGCACCUCCCCGUGUGUUUUACACGUGCACAACAGCGUCGGGUGCGCGCCUCGCAGUACUGUGACAGGGGUGUCGCACCUGGCCGUACACACCGGGACCCUGAAUACUGCGCGUCUGUCUCACUGUGAGCCAAUACUCUCCGGCCAGCGGCGACCGCACCUGGGAGUGACCGGCUGGAACAGAUCGCCGCCGUGUGGCAUGUUCGUCUCCUGCUCGGUGGUCCUGCUGCUGCUGUGAGCCCCCGCUAUGACGUGCUGCGGGGAGUAUCAGGUGUCUGAAGAUCCCGCACAGAGACAAUGGAGACCUAUACUUUACAGAAAAUGUACAGAUAUCCCGUGGCUGGUUUUAUUCUUUCUUUUCUGGUCUGGUUUGAUGUUUAUCAGCGGUUAUGCAUUGAUGGCCGGAGCAGCAGAAAGACUCGUCUUUGGUUAUGAUAGUUACGGAAAUGUGUGUGGGAGAAAAAACUCUCCUAUAUCCAAUGCACCUUUUUCUGGAAAAGACAUGACUAACAGAAAACAUGUUUUCUUUUUGAAUUCAUGCAACUUGGAGUUCAAAGACCUCAAAGUCAAUUCUCUUGCUUUGUGUGUAUCGAGCUGUCCUCAGGAGCAGCUAACGUCUCUGCAAGCCUUAGAGCUGUUUGCAAAGAAUAACGGCUCCCAGCUCUGUGUAUAUAAGAUGAACUACACAGAGUACACAAACCAUCCGAAGGCGUCAGAGUGGUGUCCUGUGCUUCCAGUGCCGCCGAGCAAAUCAUUCCCACUCUUCAACCGCUGCGUUCCUCAGAAUCCUGAAUGUUACAACCGCUUUGCAUCAGUAUUGAUAGACGUGGUGAAUGAAAUGGACUUCUUCCAUCGGAUCCUCAGUGGCAUUAUGGCUGGCAGAGACAAUGUCAUAGGACUGAGCAUACUUGCAGUAGCUCUGUCCGCAGUGAUGGUCAUAUUAUUUCGCUACAUCAGCACCCUCCUGAUUCAUAUUUUUAUAACCCUACUUACAUUUGGGUUGCUAUUUGUCUCUGGAGUACUGUGGUGGCUGUAUUAUGAUCAUAUUAAUGACAUUAGUUAUGAGCUGGAAACUGAAAAGGAAAAUGCAAAGUUUUUACUUGGAUUCUCAAUCAUUUCAACGUUGGGAUCUAUUGUGCUUUUGAUUUUAAUAUUUAUGCUGAGGAAGAGGAUACAAAUGACAAUUCAUCUCUUCCAAGUAGCAAGCACCUUUAUCAGCCACAUCCCCUUCUUGCUACUGCAGCCGCUCUGGACUCUCCUCAUUCUCCUCUUCUACUGGAUACUCUGGGUGGCUGUGCUCCUGAGUAUGGGGACCUCAGGCAGUGCCCAGGUCUCAUCAGGUGGAGAAGUGGAGUAUAAACCACUGGCAGGCAUUCGCUACAUGUGGUGGUACCAUUUAUUUGGCCUGGUAUGGACUAGUGAAUUCUUUCUUGCAUGUCAGCACAUUGUCAUUUCAGGAGCAACUGUUACAUGGUAUUUUCACCGAGAUAAGAAGACAGUCAAGCACCCGAUCCUGUCCUCUAUGUCCCUUUUGUUUUGGUACCAUCUGGGGACCGCAGUUGUAGGUUCUUUUUUGCUGCCACUUGUGAAAAUUCCAAACAUCAUUCUAAUGUAUCUUUCUCAGUUACUAAAUAAAAAGGACAAUGUAUGCACCAGGUGUACGUCCCAGUGCUGCUUCUGCUGUUUUCGGUGCUAUGAAAAGUGCCUGAGAAGCCUGAACCAGAAUGCUUACACUGCGACAGUAAUUAAUGGGACUCCGUUAUGCACAUCUGCAAGAGAAGCCUACAGUCUCAUGGUGAAGAACCCCCCUUGUAUCACAUUACUGAAGUGUUCUGGAGUAUUCUUGAUUUUUCUAGGAAAGGUUUUUGUUGUGUGUUUUACAGUAUUUGGAGGACUUAUGGCUUUUAACUAUCAUCGGGAAUUACACGUGUGGGCCAUACCAUUGCUCUUGGUUGCUUUCUUUGCUUUUUUGGUUGCCCACAGCUUUCUGUCUUUAUUUGAAAGUGUUGUGCAAUGUCUGCUUCUGUGCUACACAAUAGACAUUGAGACCAAUGAUGGCUCCUCUGAGAAACCGUAUUUCAUGGACCAAGAUCUCAUGGCAUUAAUACAUCAAAACAGCAGUGAUCCAGAGAUGUUAAAGAACGGGCCACUGCCAAAUGGGGAAGAAGGGACAGAACUUCGUCCAAUAGCGAGGGCAGACUAAACAUAUACCAUGGCAUCGUCUGUUGGAAACUAAAGCAUAAUCAUGAAUAAGAGCGUUGGAAACUUGAAAGCGUGUGAGCAGCAGACUGGCUCAACAAACGGUACGGUGCAUGGAUGCUACAGUUACCGCUCAUACGGCAUGGGUCACUGGAUCCGUGGAUGGAUUUAUACAACGUGUUAUCAUGGUACGGAGCCUCAGAUUGAAGGACUCCAUUCAGGGUGUGCUCCAGACCACUUCCUAAAGCACGUCAGGCAACACUCACCAGGAAUUGUAUUACAGAGUGAGCUUUCUAAAGAGAGAUAUAUAUAUUUUUUAUUUACAGCAAUAUUUUAUUAUACAAGAGCUUUAUGCCUCAUACACACUAGGUAAGACAACUGUUUUACUUACAGAUGGUGCCACGCUCAUCUUGGCUUCUCUGCUGAGCCUAGGUACACCAAGGUUUAUUAGCAUAAGCCUUUCAUCUAUUGUUCUCAGCUGCAAUACAAUACAGAGAGAACAAUACCAGCAGGGGAUUAAGUCCGACUGCCCUGGCUCAAUUAAUCCUAUUAAAGGCCAAGAUGAGGAGUGCUCCAUCUGUAUAAUGAAGUUCAUUCUCCAUGAGUUUCUAAUUCUGCCAACUACAUAGACUGAAAUGUAAUUGUUUCUACCAGUGAGUAUGCGGCUUUAUUAAUUAUCAAUUUAUGCACACACCUGGCAGCAUUGCUAAUUGCAUUUUGUACAAUAUAGUAAAGAAUUCUGCUUCCAGUUAUAAAAA